CCAAGAAAUGACCUUUUCCAGCGUCGAUAUCACAACCGAUCAGGAUGCUGAAAAGUCCAGAGACAAGAAAUGGCCCUGGUUUGGAGCCCCAGUCUACGCGGCAGCUUUAUUUGCCAUUUUCUAUGUCACCGUGCUGCCCAGUUUCAAUAGCUACCCGAAGAUGCUCUACCGGAGUGAGGAGGCACUACAUCCGGAUGAGUUCAUAGGCGAAAGGGCAAUGACACAGCUUGCCGAGUUUUCGGCUAUUGGCUACAAACUGGCUGGAUCUAUCAACAAUGAAGUGCACACCGUCAAUUUCCUGCUACGAGAAAUCCAAAAGAUCAAAGAUGAGGCGAGAACGGAUCUUUACGAUAUCGAAGUGGAGAAGCAAUAUUCUUCCGGCGGUUUCUUUCUUUGGGGCAUGACCAUGAGCUACACUAAUCUGUCGAAUGUGGUGGUCAAAAUUUCCCAGAAGACCUCGAACAACGAAAACUAUGUGUUGGUAAACUCGCACUACGACUCCGAGGUGGAAACACCCGCCGCUGGUGAUGAUGGUGCCAUGGUGGUGAUAAUGCUCGAGACCCUACGGGUCAUUUCGCGCUCUGAAAAGCCUCUGAUCCACCCAGUUGUUUUCCUCUUUAAUGGCGCCGAAGAAGCCUGCAUGCUGGGCGCCCAUGGAUUCAUUACCCAGCACAAAUGGGCCAAAAAUUGCAAAGCACUGGUCAAUCUAGAUUCCACUGGUGCUGGAGGACGCGAAGUGCUCUUCCAGACUGGACCUAACCAUCCCUGGUUGGCCAAAUACUACCAACAGAGUGUCCCCCAUCCAUAUGCCCAGACCUUGGCUGAAGAAUUGUUCCAGAAUAACUUUAUACCCUCGGAUACCGACUUUCGCGUGUUCCGCGACUACGGAGGAGUGCCUGGCUUGGACAUGGCCAGCGUUGUAAAUGGGUAUGUCUAUCACACCCAAUACGACAACUACCGGAACGUGGAGAGGGGAACGUAUCAGUCUACGGGCGAGAAUGUCUUGCCCCUGGUCUGGACCUUGGCCAAUGCGCCCGAGCUAGAUGACACCGAGGCUCACGCAGAGGGCCACAUGGUUUACUUUGACUUCUUGGGCUGGUUUAUGCUCACCUACACCACCUCAGUGAGUGUGGCCAUCAACAUAGUGGUCUCCGUGGCGGCGCUCCUCUGCAUUGGAUCCUCGCUCUACAUCAUGACCCUGGACAAUGGAGCCGAUCCUCUAAAGGCGGUGAUAAAGCGAUUUGGCCUGAUCUUCCUGGUCCAGUUGGGAACGGCUGUCGUGGCCUGUGGCCUCACCCUUCUGGUGGCUGUGUUCAUGCAAGGAGUGGGAUUGGCAGAGUCCUGGUACUACGGCAAAUGGAUGGCGUUCGGACUGUACUUCUGCACCCUGUACUUUGCCUUGGGGCUGCUGCCUGCUUUCUAUAUCCAAUGGACUAAGAGGAAGACCCACAUGAAGCUGGAUCAGACCAUAGCCUGCUUCAUGCAUGCUCAUUGCAUCCUUCUGGCCCUGCUGUGUAUUAUACUGACCAGCAUGGGAAUCCGUUCCAGCUACUUCUUCAUGAUUGGAAUCUUUUUCUACGCCAUAUCUGUUCUGAUUCAAAUUACUCUGAAGCUGACGGUUAAAAAAAGCUACUUUGUGACUGUUCACCUGCUCUGCCAGUUUCUGCCCUUCCUGUUCUACACCUACAUCGCCUAUGCCUCCCUGCUAACCUUUGUGCCCAUGCAAGGUCGCGAUGGUCCAGACAGCAGUCCAGAGCUCCUAGUGUCUCUUUUUGUGAUUAUAACUGGAAUCCAAUAUGGUGGUUUUACGGUACCCAUUAUGCACAAGUUCCGCAAACCCAAAAUCGUAUUUUCCACGUUUGGUGUGAUUACGAUUAUUUUUAUUAUCCUGGCAGCCACUCCAGCAGGAUUUCCCUUCGUCAAGGAAGUAGCUCCACAGCGUUAUUAUGUGUUGCACACCCAACGUAUCUUUCACAAUUUGGAUGGCAGUACCCUCCAGGAUUCUGGUUUCUACAUUCAACCCGUGGAAACUCGUACCCAUGAACUGGAUGACACCACGUUGAAGAACGCAGAGCCAAGUAGCUGGACAGAUGCCACCUGUGCUGCCGAGCCCUACUGCGGCUUGCCGAUCUACAGUGGUCGUUGGAAUGACUGGAAGGACUCUGCUCGUUGGAUUUACAGUUCAGCACCCCAGUUUCCAAUUGACAUAGAUCUCACCCUGGUUUCAAAGGAACAAACAGACAACAAGUUGAAAUACGAUUUCAGCCUUAAGGCCAGCGAUCGUAUAAUGAUGUACAUAGAGCCCUACGACCAGGUCAGAGUCGCCAACUGGUCCAUGGAUCAGACACCGCUGAUCGAGGAGCACUUGCCGCCCUUUCUGAUCUACCAUGUGUACUCCCAAACCGAAGAUCCCUUCGAUUUUUGGAUUGAGUUCGAACAUGAUGAGAGUAACACCGAAGGACCUUACUUUAAGCUGGUGGUCGUUGAACACUUCCUGUACCAUCAAGAGUACUACACCGAGGACUAUAAGGCAUUCCUGGUCACCUUCCCCGACUGGACCUACACCACCGACUGGUUCUCGGCCCUCGAGAGCUGGAACUUCUAA